AUGCGCUUCGCCUCCGCUCUGUUCAUUGGCCUCAGCUGGCUGGCCCUUGCAGCGGCGCUCCCCACUACUUCUGUCCGCUCGGUCCGAUCCGAGAUCGAGGAUCGUGCCGCCUCUGGGCUUAGGUCUGUGGCCUACUUCGUGAACUGGCAGCUUGAUGCUUCGAAGCUGACUCACGUUCUCUACGCCUUUGCCAACGUCCACCCAGACACCGGGGAAGUCUAUCUCUCAGACACCUAUGCCGACACUGACAAGCACUACCCUACUGACUCUUGGAACGAUGUUGGCACUAAUGUCUAUGGAUGUGUGAAGCAACUUUUUCUUCUCAAGAAGCAGAACCGGAAGCUGAAGGUGCUUCUCUCCAUCGGCGGCUGGACUUACUCAUCGAAUUUCCCGGGAGCUGCCUCGACAGACGCCAAUAGGGCCAAUUUUGCUUCCACCGCUGUAGGCUUUGUCAAGGAUCUCGGCUUCGAUGGCAUUGAUAUCGACUGGGAGUACCCUUCAAAUACCACUCAGGCUGCCAACAUGGUCUCACUUCUUGCAGCUGUCCGAUCGGCUCUUGACAGUUAUUCCUCGGCAAAUGCUGGCGGCCAGCAUCUUCUACUCACAGUCGCAUCUCCCGCUGGUCCUGCCAACUACCAGCCUAUGAGUCUCAAGGCUAUGGAUCAGUAUCUUGACUUCUGGAACCUCAUGGCCUACGACUAUGCCGGUUCCUGGGAUACCACGUCGGGACAUGACGCCAACAUCUACCCGUCCACUAGCAACCCGACUAGCACUCCAUUCAAUACCGACCAAGCGAUCGCGUACUACACUGGAGUCGGCAUCGCCGCUAACAAGAUCGUCAUGGGCAUGCCGCUCUACGGCCGUGCAUUCGACCAGACUGACGGUAUUGGAAAGCCGUACACAGGCAACGGAGCUGGUACUUGGGAGGCUGGAGUUUACGACUAUAAAGCGUUACCGCAGGCUGGCGCAACCAUCAUGACUGACACCCAGGCUGUUGCGAGCUACAGUUACGAUGCCUCUAAGAGGUUCCUGGUUAGCUAUGACACUCCCGCCAUUGCCGUCACCAAGGCAAAUUACAUCGUGUCCAAGGGGCUCGGUGGAGGCAUGUGGUGGGAAAGCAGCAGCGACAAGAAUGGGACCGACAGUCUCAUCACAACAGUCGUGAACCAGUUUGGUGGCAUCGGUGUCCUCGACUCCAGCAACAACCUACUAAGCUACCCCGAGUCUAAAUACGACAACCUGAAAUCAGGAUUCGCCAGCGGUUGAAUCGUGGUUGUUUCCCAACGCGGAGCCUUCAAGGUUCUCCUGCCUGGGUGGGACAUCUAGGGGGUCAAGGCAAACCGCCGAGAUAUCAUUAACCUCUUAACGAGGUCAUGGGACUUGUCUUGUCCAUGUCGGACUUCCGAAUUCUUGUUUCUACUUUUGCAAGGGAUUGCUGGGCGCAGCCCUGAAUUGGCUUGGUGCUUCCCUUUCAAUGUCUAUAUUUGGGGAAUUUAGUCAGAGGCCUAGUUGAUGAAUAUUCCUAUUAUUAUUUCUUCUUGUCAAUAUUUGGUAGCGAACAUGAAAGAGAGAGAAU